GUUUGCUAUAAGGAAUCGUGAAAUAUUGUCCAAGUACUACCACUGGUAUUCGGUUAUUAUCCGGAUCCGGUUACCAUAGAUUACUAUAUAUGCUGGAAUUAUCCGGUGUUCGCGAAAGAGUGUUCGGCACAUCCCUAAUGCAAUCUAUGUAACAACACCUAUUUUACACUAACGCGGUUCAUAUUUUACUUGUUUAGGUGUUUCGUCGGAUCUCACAGGAACAAUUAAAGGAGUCUUCCAGGAGAAAAGAGGUCAUUAAUGAAUGUCUGACCAUACUAACGCAUUCAAGAAAGUGCAAAAACGACGAGUGCACGUCGCAGAGAUGUAUUUCAAUGAAGAACGUCUGGAAGCACUUCGGUGCAUGUCCUGAAAACAAGAAGUCGAGUCCAAAAUGUCCUAUUUGCAACAGUGUCAUAUCUUUAUUACAUUACCAUGCAAAAGAUUGUCAAAAUGACUCGUGCACAAUGCCACGAUGUCGAGAACUUAAGGACGGAUUUUUGGCAAAGUGGCAGAAAACGCAGCAGACUUUCCUCGGUAAUCUGGUCAAGUUCAGGUUAUCAACUGUACCCACAGUUAUAAAACGACAAUCCAAAAAAGUUAAUACCAAGUCCUCAGUGCAGACUAACGAAAAUAAUUUAGUAAGUAAACCAGUGACUAAGGAUUUAGUUACUAUCGAAAAUUAAUGGAUCUGUGAUUAUUGAAAAUAAUUUACAGAUUGCAUAGGAAUUGAAAAAAAAAUCAUAGGACCAUAAAGUUAUAAUUGUGUAUAUAUAUAUACAUAUAUGAAGAAGUAUAGAAUAUAAUAUUAAAAUGUUAUUUUAUAAUUUAUAAUUUAUGUUGAGUGUCUAAAGGCCCAUACAUUUUUUACACGAUACCAUGCACUAGUCGUAUAUGAUUGUCAUUCUGGCGUAUGACAGAGACUACUAACGCCACUAUUCCUCUUCAUCAUUUUAUGGCGAAAUUUGAAAUGUGGCAUCUUUUCGCAGGAAAUCUACAUGUCACCGUUUUUGACGUCUUUCAGUUUAUUUAAAAAACAGAUAAAGUAUCUGUGAUAGCGUGGCACACUCUAAAUUGCAAUACCAAAAUGGUGUAAUCAUUGCAGCUCUGUAGAUAUUGAUUUAGUGUAAAAAACACCGAUGUCACUUAUUGGGUGUAAAUAUCACAACUGAUCAGUGUAUAUUUGGUAUUUCCCUAACACAAAAUAUGGUGUUAACUUUUACAAUAAAUCAUUGUCUACCGAGCUGCAAUGAUUACAUCAUUUUGGUUUUGUAGCAACACUCAGAAAUUUAGGAAACUUUUACUAAAAAUCAGGACAAUUGUUGUCAUCUGUGGCAAAACUGUGGAGUUGAUGAUUGUUCUUUCAAAUAUUCUUGACUAUACGUAUUUGCAAGUAAAACAAACUUUCAGAUCACAAGAGAAUACGUAGUCAAGAAUAUUUGAAAGAACAAUCAUCAACUCCACUGUUUUGCCACUGAAGACAACAAAUUCUCAUAUCUAAGUAGAUAUGAAAAUAUAUCUACUUUGACGAGUGUGAUAAAUACUGAAUUAUGUAAGAUUUCAGACAGUCUAAUAAGCUCUCUUUGAGUAUAAAUAAAUCAAAUUACAUAAUAUUUAAACCCAGGCAAAAAAGGCAAGUGUAUAACCUGGCACUUGCGAUUAGCAAUAACAUAAGGCCCGGUUUAGACGGCGAACUUCUCAUGCGCCGAAUCUAAUGCAAGAAUUAAGUGCGACGCUGGAGCGGCGUCUAAAUCAAUUAAGUUCGACAGGUUUUGAUUAAGUUCGACAUGACUCGAAGAUGCGACAAGACAAGUCGUAUAUGCGACACAGGUUCGACAUUGAUUUAGACGCCGUGCUUUUCAUGCACCGAACCUAAUGCAUAAUUAUUUUUUAACAUCAUAAUAUGAUUAUCAUAUAUUUGCAUUGUAAAUAUGUCCAAUAUAGUGUCCUCGCAAUUUGGUACGGUACAAUUAAGUUCGACGUCUAAAUCAGCUUCCGAUAUUUUGCCGUAUCUACGACAAUUAGAUUCGGCGCAUGAAAAGUUUGCCGUCUAAACCGGGCCUAACUGACAGGAUUAAAAAAGUCUGUUUUUCUUAGUGUAAUUUUGGACGAGAAUUUAACAUGGAAAGCACAUAUAUCUUAUUACGAAACUGGUUUUUCGUAUCUCUGAGGAUGGUUCUGAAAUAUAUCUUAUAUUGCACGUAAAAUUUCAAAAUCAAUUGGAAUUAUCUAUAUAGGUCAAGCUUUUUUAUUCAAAUCAGCCUUGCGGAUUUUAUAUUUUGCCACAGUAUAUCCGUAUCUUCAAUAUUGUGUUACGAUUUGGGAUUCCACAUAUUCAAGUAAUCUUAAUCGUAUUGUAUACUGUUGCAAAAACGUGCAGUACGAAUUGUCGACAACAAACAAUAUUUCGGUCACAAAAUACUGAAAUUCGAGGAUAUUUAUUUAAUUCAAUUGAGUAAAUUUAUGUAUCUAUAUCAACAAAAAUUACUUCCUGAUUGUUUUGAAGGUCUAUUUUCAUUACGUUAUAGUCAGAUUCAUUAUUAUAAUACACGAAAUGCCAAAACUUUUUAUGCCCUCCAAUGUAGGACAAAUAUUCGUCAGUUUUCGGUCAAUUAUCAGGGUCCUAAAUUCUUUAAUACAUUGAAUCCCGAUAUACGUAAAUCUUCAUCUGUAUUUAAAUUUCAGUAUAUGUUAAAAAUAUUGUUUCUUUUUUCUCACUACAUAUAAUCUCAAUAAUUUAUUUAUUUCAAACGUGACGCUUUUUUUUGUAACAUUUGUAUUUAAUAUAAUAUAAAACAUGAGGUAGCCCAAAUUCCUAUACAAAGCCUCUUGGUUUCUAUUCGAGCUUCCUCGCCACUUUUUGUUCAAAAUUAUUGUUUCUUCUAUCAACUUAUAUAUCUUUCUAAUAACAUUUUAUUAUUAUACAUUUACUUAUUUAUUAACUAUUACUUAUUUGUAUUGUGGUAAACCAAAUCAAUAAAUCAUUCAUUCGUAUCAAAAUUAAUGUAAUAUGUCUUGGAAGGAACACGAAAUUAAUUUUUUGCUGAAAUGUUGUAAAGUAACUCAUACAUUACCAAUUCUGGAUUGAGUUGCCUUGGUUUACCCUGAAUUGCCAAGGAUCACGAAUUCUCAACUCAAAAAUUUCAACCCAACCGAGUCGUCAGCAAAUGUCCUUUUCCUCUCUCAUUGAGGACGAACACCAGCUCUUAACCGUUUAAAAAAGAACAAGAGAUCGAGAGGUGGCAGCACUGAUCUCUUACGCCACUUCCGAAGAAGAAAGAUGAAGAUGGAGAGACUACAAGAAGUAAGCCCACUGGAAGAGAUCAUAUUAUUUGUAGGGAUGUAAAGUAGGGAUGUUAAAAAGAG